GUAAUUCGAGUUAAAGAGAUCAAGAAUAUUACAAGUUUCUCGGAUGCUCAGAUGAUGGUCUUGUCGGGGCAACCGGUAACCAUGGCAACGGCAACAAAAACAAACCCCUGAAACCAACGGGAUCGGGCUCGGAUGUCGGGCGGCGGCGGCGGGGGCCUCAUGUCGUGUGUCCGCGAGGGCUCGCUGGAGCCGCCUUACCGACCGCCCAUCACCGACACACACAACCAUGGCGAGGGGCGUACAGGGCGAUUCCUGCGCGGUCUGCGGCGCAUGUUCAAGCGGCGCGGCAGCGGCGCCCGCGCAGAUGCCUCUCCCGACCCCAAGAGCAGUUCCACGUCAGAGCUGCUGGACGCUGACCGACAUGCACGGAGAAAAGAGGGCGCGUAUGGCAGCGGGCUGUCGGUGUCCCACGACUCGGUGUUCACGGGCGAGCGCUCCGGAGACGAGUCGAGCGACGAGAGACCCACUCCUGCGCAUGGACUUGCACAUGUCGCCACAUCGCACCGGGUAAGUACUUUUGGAAAGCUCAAGGUAUGGUGUCAUAUGGGCCAGUGAUAAUAGAUAUAGGUGGUCAAAUACAAGUUGAAGACACGAUUUUGAUCGAAGAAGAUACCGCCUCAGGGCCAUGUGUGAUUCAAUUACUAUCCUGAAAUAUUGUCACUCGCCUACUGACACGGUUUUUGGAAUAGUGUCUAUGGUAUCUUAUUUGUGCUAAACAUCAGACAAUCCUGAUUAUUAUAAAGGUGGAUCACAGAAAACACAGGCAGUAAUUUGAAAUUCUUGGCGGUUUUCUGAGAGUUUUAUUAGGCUUUCUUAGUUGAAGAGGCUUUAAGAAACCAAGUAUAGUAUAGUAUACUUUAUAGUCAGGUGGUAAUCUUUUGCACCUACACGGACACUAGGGCCGUGCUAGACCUCGUGUUCUCCUUGCCUCCAUGGUCUGCUUGGUUAUAGUAAUUACACAAGUGGUAAAUAGAUGGCGCUAUCAUUUGCACUUAUAAAAUUGUGGUAUUUCGAAAUUCUAUGAAUAAGAUAACCUCAUAAGGUAUCCUUUAAGAAUAUUUUGAACGCAACUUUAAAUUUUCUUAAAUAAUAAACUGUCUGUUUAUUCUUCACCUUUACCUUGUAACUUGAUUUUUAUAGAAAUAGUAACGCGUGUGUGUAACAGGAUUAUGACGCCUGUUGCGUCGCAACUAUAUAAUGUUAAUGAGCUUAUUUAUAUCUAAGAAGUUAUGUAGUGACGGAUCUUUUACAUAACCAAUAAUAAGCGACUAUCUCAUAAUUGUUACUAAGUGGAAGAAUUACUUCCUCUGAGUAAAAAACUAAAUGACGUAAUUAAGAAAGAGGACGCUCCAAAAACGAUGGACCCCGGCCCUCAGCAAUCAGGAUCACGAUGAGAGGACAAAGAAGUUGAAGGAACAAUUGUUUUGUCCCUUAGGCCCGAUUUCCAGUAUUCUAAGAUAAAUUAUUUUAUAUUUCCUAGUUAUUCCCAUCUUGUGCUAUGCCGAAAAGUUUGUUGCGCCAUUUCUUCUUCAAAGCGAGACGAGCGCUAAGGAAGCGGUAAGGGCGCGCGAUACGGGGUGAUGACUCUAUAAUAUAAUUCUUGGAAAUUCAAAAUGUGAUACUUUGUAGUCUAAUUUAAGUAAAUCGAUUUUGAUUCUGUACACACAAAAAUAACUAUAAUUUGCGUUCUAUGUGGCAUCUGACAUAAAAUAAACACCCAGAUGUGCCUAUCGGGAUGAGCAAUUCGGUCUUUUCAAACAACCGUAUCUCCAAAAGAGAAAUACUAUUUUUUAUAAAGAGCGCACAUAUAUUCGCCUCGGAUCACUACGCUCAAACUAUUGGGGCCUACCUAUAUGUAUAUUACCAAUAGCUUUGUGUAAUAGAAAGUACCUAAAUUUGUACAUAAUAUAAAUAGUGCGUGGUCAUUGUAAGCUGUUGCACAAUUCCAAAAUGGCGGGUCAUUGUGGGAUCAAUGAGUUGCGGAAGUACGAUGUAUUUGCCUUUAUCAAAUAGAAUUGUUUUGAUGUGGUUUCUUCACAGUUUUUAAGGAGUACUUGUGAAUAUUUCUUACGGAUAAUAUGUAGAUUUUCUUUACUUUCAACUUGAAACUUAUUUGUUUAGUCAAUUUAAGAAAAUUAGACAGAUUUUACAUAACUUUUUAAUCAACAUCUCGUCAUCAGUGAAUAAAUUCUUGCCCCAUCAUCAAAGAGCUUGAGGGUUCCAAUAAUAAUUGUCACUGUUAUUCGAAUAGGUAAAUUUGGAAAAUACGAAUUUUCAAACAUACAUGGAACAAAAAAAUAUAGUAUACGCAAUAAUAAUUUGCUUAAGCUAGUGCCAAACCUUGUAACCUUGCCUUAACGUACUUAAUUUAUGAUGUGAAAGUAGUUUGCACGUAUUUAGUACUUUUGAACGAACUUAUUUAAUAAACUGAAUGCAGGACAAAGCUUUUUUUCAUACGGAACACUUUACGCUCCUAAAUUUUAAAAUAGCUCUCUAAUGUGUGCAAAAAACUUAACACAAAGGUGCAUUUCUUGUAACGAAGGCGGAUAAAAGUAGCCUAUGUGUUAAUCCAAAGUGUCAGCUACCUCCUCAACAAAUGUACCUAAUCGCAAUCGGUUCAGCCGUUUGGGCGUGCAGUGAUAAAAACAUACCUACACAAAUUCCAAAUUAUGUGAGGACUCACGUACUAUACAUUCGCAUUUUAAUAUUAGUCAGAAGUAAAAAUUAUCGAACAAAAAAGUAUAUCUUAUUAAACAUGAAUAUAAGUUAGUAUACGAAAUUCACAAUUCCACAGAAUCUUCGUAUUUCUCGUGCACGCCCAGCAACGUAAUAAUUAAAUACAUUUAUAAAAUACCACAUAACACACAACACGUAGGAGCCGUGAUAAUUCAACCAUAGACAAGCCACGCAGAAUAGUCAGAAGGUCAACUUUGUAUAAUAUUGCAAAAUGAACUGAUAAUUUAAACCGGAUGAUAUUUUUCGUUUAUUCUUUUGUUUUAAACUGUCCAAUCUCCGUAAAGCUUGAACUGGUUUUAAUAGGUAGGUAUACCUACUUUGGAGAUAGCGGCUAUGAAUCACAUUAUAAAGUGGAGGACUUAUUUACUUACAUGAAUAGUCAAGGAUAUCAAAUAAAGCCCCAAAAGAAAGCUUCAGUUUUAAUUCCGAGGUAUCAGCUACCUUCAUACCGAAAUUGAUCAAAAUUGUUUUAGACGUUUAAGAGUAGUACUUAACAAAAAUAACAGCACUCACAAACUUUCGCUUCUAUAAUGUUAGUAGAAAUAAUACGUGGACACAGUUGCGGGUGACGGCUAGUGUAUAUAGUUGAGGAUAUAAGUUUUGUUGCCAAAUGCGAGUAGUCACGACAUUUGUGACGUAAUAAAGGUUAAACUGUUGCUAAUAUAGGCAUUAUUACGAAACUAUGAAUCAAAAAGAUUUUAUGGAUAUUAAGUUACGACUAACACGUAGUGAACUCUCUUUCAACUCAAAAAUAAGUCUGCCAUUGCAGCAAAAAUAUAAACAAAUUAAGAAGCAAGAAUACCAGUCAUAUCCUACUGACAAUUUAUCAAGGAAAACAAAAUUUGGUUUGCGUAGGAUGAAAGUCAUAUAAAUAAUGCAUUAAUAUGAUUUAGUAAAGACUUAAUUAACAACUACUAGUUAAGCUUUAAGUUAUUUAAAAAACAUACAAAUCAGUAUUGAAUAUUUCCAUACGAAGAUAACAAUCGAUUUCUUGAAUUAAAUAAAGACCGAAUUAAAAUGCUCCGUGGUAUUAUUAAACAACUAUAAAGAAUAAUCAUAGUAAAUAUUUUACACUUGAGUUUUAUCCAUAAAUGCGCUCUCACCUUCAUAUUUCAAUACUGGUCAGCUAGUAAGACCAUAAUCGAAUGGUUGUUAUGGUUCUUUAGACCAAUAUAAUUAAUUGUUUAUACGACCAUUAACCAUAUAAUACAAUUCAAUAAUAGGGUGACCUCACACAACCUUAUUUAUUUAUUAACACAAUACUCUUUGAUCAUUCACAAUAGUUUAUAAUUAUUUCUUCGAUUAUUUAUCCUGGGUUUAUUCCUUGUUAGAUUUCUGCUGCAUUUUUUCAUGAUGGUAUUAUGAAGUAACGCGAAAUCCUAUACAAGAUCGAGUUCCGUUGCUCAGAUGUGUUAUGCUCUCUCGCGCACUGCCACAGUUGCAGUUCGCUCGCGGCGCGUGUGAGCCGGUCCUAAUACCACUUUUUUUUUUCGCCAAUCGAAUGGGAUGAAUCAGUCGGUAUCGCGCGCGCGACUACGCCCGGCGUUCUAGCGAAAAUCGAAAUUUUGAAUUCGAAUUUGAAAUUGGAAUUGGAAUUUAAAAGUGUGUGCAAAGUGCUUCGUGUUUUAAAUUUUAAUUGUGUUCCGUUUUUGAAAAUGUGUUCUUUAACGGUUUUGUGUUGUUAUGUUUUCUGUUCGGUUGAGUUUUGAGAGUUUUUUGCCGGUACAUUUUAAGUUAGAUGUUAAGUUGGGUGUAUUGUAUGUAAUAGUAGUCUAGAUCGUUGGAGCUACUUAAUAUUCAUAUGAUGUUCUUAGUUUAAUAACUAGUAAUGCGCUCUAUCCUUGGAUAGAUCGCUGAGCUAGGUCAACAAGAACAUUAAACUUCUAACUUAUCACAGCAUAAGUAACAUUAACCCCAUCUUAUUUCCAUUGCCUAUACCUACAAAACAUAUUGAGUGCCUAAAAAAGUGAGUGCAAAAACAAACAAACAUGGGUCCUGCCCUUGACAACUAAAGUUUAAAAUAGAAAUUCUAAUUUCAGUCUAAUUAGCCGGCUUAAUGUUUUACGUCUACAUUUCAAAUAUGGAAACUGGGUUUGGUCUUAAACUCUGACUCAUAUUCGGCAUCUGAUCGAUAAGGUUGUAAACUGCCAGUAUUUAGUUUUGGUUUCGAAUUUUAAAAUUACGUCACUAUCUUGUUUAAGUUUAUAGUUUUAAUAUAGGUAAAAAAAUGAUAUUGUCUGAGUAUUGUAAGUACCUAAGCUAAUCUUCACUUUGAACGACGUAUAGUUUUACUUAAUUUUAUUUCGAUUUUCUCAAAAUCGUCCAAGAAGAACUUCAGGUAACUCUUAAUCUGAACACAAUGGCUGUUUUCCGUUUUUCAGUCUGACGCGUAAAAGUUGUUCUUAGCCAUGGACAAAAAAGGGACGAAAUGACACUUGGUAAAACUUAAAAUAACAGUUAAAAAUAAAGAGAAAAGAGUUUAGUGUAAGAGUAAUAUCAAUAGCCUUUCACAAUAUUACAGUCAUGAAUUAUAAUUAGCAUUAUAUAAAACAAUAUAAUUAACAAAAUUAAUCUUAAGCUACAAUGUGGAACGCGAAAAUUCUCCUCUAAAAAGAUUGGCAAGCAAAAAGUAUAAUAUGUCUUAUCUGACUAGACUGAAUAAAAAAUAACAUUAAUAUGUAUGUCUUCACUUUUCACAAUAAUAAUUAGUCUGGCAACACGCGAUGCAUAGACAAAAACUUUAUUUUUAAGCUAGUAUUACUUCAUCACAAAAAGGUUAAUAAAA